ACUGGCGAGAAUCUUGUCAGCGGCGAAAACGUCUCGAGAUUGGCAAACAAUGACCCUGCGACCCGUUUUCCUAAUCUCUGCGGCGGCCUGCUCCGAAUCGUGUCGUCCGUAGCGCGUCCGGCAUGGCGUCCCGCCUCGUCCAGUUUGUCAACUGCCGCCUCCUGCGCGACCACACGCUUGUCAAGGACGAUUUGUGGGUGCGCGACGGCAAGAUCGAGAAUCCCGAGACGCUUUUCUUUGACGAAAGGGUCAGCGCCGACCUGCAGGUCGACUGCCAGGGUGCCAUCGUCGCGCCAGGCUUCAUAGACUUGCAGAUCAACGGUGGUUUCGGAGUUGAUUUUUCGCACGACGUUGCGAAAGCCGAGCAAGGAGUGGCGAAGGUGGCCAAGGGCAUUUUGGCGCACGGUGUCACCUCGUUCUGCCCGACCCUGGUUACCUCGCCCGAAGCGGUUUAUCACCGCGUUUUGCCGACGAUUCAAACGCAGCAGGGAGGCAAACACGGUGCCACCGUCCUUGGGGUGCACCUCGAAGGACCCUUCAUCAGCCCGAUGAAAAAGGGUGCCCACCCUGCAGAGUUUAUCAGAACCUUUGCCAAAGGUUUUCAAUCAGUAUUGGACGUCUACGGCGGUCUCGACAAUGUUUCCAUCGUGACUCUGGCACCUGAACUUAAAAACGCCUCUGAGGUUGUUGAAGAAUUGUCCAGACGUAAUGUGACCGUCUCUGUAGGUCACUCGAUGGGCGAUCUAGUCCACGGCGAGGUUGCUGUCCAGCACGGGGCCACCUUUAUUACUCACUUAUUCAACGCUAUGCUUCCAUUUCAUCACAGAGAUCCUGGCAUUGUUGGACUGUUGACGUCGGACGCGGUGCCUGAGGGGAAAACUGUGUUUUUCGGAAUCAUUGCGGACGGAAUUCACACACAUCCGGCUGCACUUAGAAUCGCACACAGAACACAUCCAAAUGGUCUGGUUCUGGUAACGGACGCUAUCUCAGCCCUCGGCCUGCAAGAGGGGACGCAUCAGUUGGGGCAGAUGGCCGUUGAAGUGCGGAACAGCCACGCGUACGUGGCCGGCACGACCACCCUGUGCGGCAGCAUUGCCAGCAUGAUCGAGUGCGUGCAGCACUUUGCCCAAGCCACUGGGUGUUCGAUGGUGAGCGCGCUGGAGGCGGCCUCACUGCACGCUGCGCGCGCCAUUGGCAUUCACGGCCGGAAGGGCACGUUGAACUUUGGUGCCGACGCCGACUUCAUCUUCCUCGGCGAGGACUACUCGAUUUGGUCAACCUGGAUUGCCGGCGAGUGCGUUUAUUCAAAGUUGCAAAUAAUGCAAUGAAAUCGCCUUCGAAAGGCAGCCAUUGUGAAUUGCCAAAGAACGAUCGAAUUCAAUUAUUAUUACUUUGUCUGUGAUCGCUUUUUAUCAAGUUGGACCUACGAAUUAUACAGUUGUUGAAUAAAUUUUGAUUAUUGAAACAAAAGCGA